AUGGAUUCCUAUUAAGAAACAACGCAUACAAUCAAUUCUCGAAGGUAGGUAGACUGAAAAAGCUACAGAUCGUAAACAGAUCAUAUUUUAGUGAGCAAGAAGUCAGAAAUUAGAUAUUGAAAGAAUAACAUGUAAGGCCUGAUCAUUUACUAAUAGUAGCAAUAAUUGAAAUACCUCAAAUACAGACUAAAGAAUACAUAGUUUGAUGGUUAUUUUCUAAAGACAAAGUUGAAUUCUUUGGAUUGAU